ACACUGACGUAUACGUCAAAACAAAGUGCGUUGUGGUUAUGUCUUACUUUGUUAUUUAUUGUUUUUACUGGUAUUUUCAACAAAAAUCAAUGUGACAACCACCUCAGUGUUUCAAGAAUGGAUCCCUACGAAAUAGAAUUCAUAGCCGAGAACAGAAUAAUCAGCAUUAUUCCGAAUUUUUCUUAUGAUAAAAUCUUCUUGAUAUGUGGUGAAUUUGGACCGUUUCGUGCUGGUUUGCCAAUGAAUGUGCCUCUGUGGCUAGCUGUGAUGUUAAAACAAAAGCAAAAGUGUAGAAUAGUGCCGCCGGAUUGGAUGGAAAUUGAUACCUUAGAGAAUAUAAAGGAGGAAGAGAAACGAUCUAGGUUCUUCACAAAAAUGCCAAAUGAGCACUACAUGGUGGAAGCAAAACUAAUCCUUGGUGUAGCAGCAGAAGACGUACCACAGGCUUCCGAAGUCAAAACCAUAAUUAAAGACAUUUGGGACAUCCGCAUGUCCAAAUUACGAACUUCAAUGGAUGCAUUGAUGAAGUCCGGGGGGAGCUACGGUAGACUUGAUCACCUUACUAUGAUGGAGAUAAAUUCUGUGAAACCUCUGUUGCCAACAGCUAUGAAUGAACUGCUUAGGAUACAAAUGGAAACCAAAAAAACUGCACCAGCAUCACUGAACAUUUCUACAAUAACACAAUCAGGCAGCUCACAAAACAUCUAGACGUUUUAGUUUUAUUUUUUUAUUAAAAGAUUGAAGUGCAUUUGCAAUCCAGCCUGGCCUUAAUUAAGCAGCAAAGGAGUGGGGCAUGGAAACUCAACCCAUGCCUAUAUUAGUAUAAGAAAGUCCUGUUAUUAGUAUAUCUAACAACCUUCUUGAGUAUUGAGUACAAACUAAAUAUAUUACUAUAUUUCUUA